CCCUCGAUUUGAUUUGCCUGGGCGAUUGCAGCCCUAUGAGAUCAGGUCCGAUUUGCCUGAUGUUGAUCGCCCUUGCAGGUCACAGGUCGAAAGUCGAAGGUCACAGGCAGGUCACGCGUCGGCUUUGUUAGCAUCAGCGCUAGCGCACAAACGGGGCAGUAUCUGGUGCUAUCUAGUGUAUGCGGCCAGUUAUGCAAUAGAUGCAUAAACGACGCUAUGAAAGCACGGGGCCUGGAUCCAAAAAAUCCGGAGCUUUGAGGCCUUCGCGAUCUAUCGACUUUUGAGACUGCUUCGGAAUCAGAUUUGAAGGAGAAUCCGGGUGUAUUUCUUCCACACUACACCGGCAGACUCAUGAAAAUGCCUGCACGGCUCAAUUGCUCCUCCGCGCGAGCCGUGAGCAGGGCGAUACGUCCACAAUCCUCGUCAACCCUCUCGAGAGCAGCCGCUGCCGCGCUUCCGUGUACUCAACACACCAGCGUCCCUUCGAGAAGUUACGCCGCCGCAGUCUCGCCCAUACCUUUGGGACGCCUACAACUACCCGAGGACUACAUCCCGCCUACGAAACCUCCGUCAGCACGACGCCCCGAGACCCGCAAGUCGCAACUGCUUCGAUCCUAUACAGCCUUACUGCGAUCGACCCCCCUGAUUCUCUUCUUCCAGCACAACAACCUCACAGCAGUGGAAUGGUCCGCUGUUCGUCGAGAGUUGCGGAAAGCUCUGGCUGAGGUGCCUCCACCCGUCGUUGGCCCUGAUGGAACUCUGCCUGUCAAUCCGGUUGACUCGAUCGAGCUAAGCGUUCUGCGCACACGCAUCUUCGACGUUGCCUUCAAGGUUACCGAGUUCUUCGAUGCAGAAGCUGCCGCCGGCAAAUCGAACGCAUACACACAUGAUCUUUCGAGCAGUGCCUACGAAGCUAUCAAGAAGGCCAACUUGGAGGACCCCAGCCGCACAUAUGCUCAGAUCAGCCCUCUGCUGAUCGGCCCCGUUGCCGCACUCACCAUUCCAACUGUCAGUCCGGCGCAUCUGGCUGCGGCGCUCAGGAUCCUCGCACCCAGCGCGCCGAGCUUCCCUGCGCCCACGAGGAAGAAGAACCCCGGCUAUCAUGACCCGAUCACCCAGUCCGGCCUCCAGAAGCUGAUUCUCAUCGGUGGGCGUGUCGAGGGCAAGGCAUUCGAUCAAGACGGUGUCAAGUGGGUAGGUGGUAUAGAGGGUGGCCUGGAUGGCCUGAGGAGCCAGCUGGUGUCUAUGCUCCAGAGUGCUGGUUUGGGUCUUACCACGGCGUUGGAGGGCCACAGCAAGGGAUUGUGGCUUGCGCUCGAGAGCCGCAGAACUCAAUUGGAUGAGGAACAGAACCCCAACAAGGCAGCAGAUGGUGAGGCCAAGGCGGAAGGGAGCUGAGAGUGCCAUGUAUGUACGAUGGUGUAAAUUAAGCUCCUUGUAAACAACUAGCUGUAUAAAUACCACAUUUUCAUCGUGGACUUGUAUUCCAUAAACGCAGAGUAUGUAAACACUGUUUUGCGGGAUUCGACUUGGAAUAUGAGGGUAUGUGAGCUGAGAGAGAGACCCAACAGUACCUAGGAGCGGGAACUCGGAGCUAGACUAAUGCAACGGUU